AACGUGUUUUAUUUGCAGCUUCAUAGUUCGCAUCUGACUCUGCUGCAAAGUGAAGUAAAAUAGUAAAAAUAACAAUACAACAUAUACGGAAAUUAAACUUGACAGUAAAUGAGACGCGCUGGCCCUUUAACCCUGUUUCCCAUGAUGCACCGCUGCACGGUUCACAUGUGAGUGAGUUGUCAGAAAGAAAACUAGCAAAGAUGCAGAACGGCAAUGUGAACGGCGAAGAGGAUGAAGAGUAUCAGCUCUUCCUCUCUCAACACAGUCCCGCUUUAAAGGCGGCGAGAAUCCCUCCGCUUUACUGGAAGAGUCUGCAUUUAAAACUUGCCAGUGAGGUAUUUGAUGCUGGCGAUGUGUUUGGGAUCAUGCAGGUGGAAGAAGAGGAUGAGGAUGAAGAGAAUGAACGGAGAGUCAAUCCUGGAGAUGAGGUGGCUUGUAAAGUGAUUGUGACCAGAGAGAGUGGCCUGCGGGCUGCUGAUCCUACCAGUGUAUUUCUUGUAGAUCACGCAUGGACGUAUAGGGUGGAAAGCGCCCGGCAGCAGCUGCUGGAGAUUCCUGGCCUGCUGAUCCGGAUGGCCAGUCUGAUGGGUUUGCCUUUUCACGGAGAGGCUCCUGAUCCAGACAUCGUGGAUCUGGUCCUGGACAACAUGUGGAAAUACAAUCAAACCUAUCAGCUUUCCCAGGGGUCUGCAGAAGAAAAGGUUCCUGUGUGGUACAUCAUGGAUGAAUUUGGAUCUCAGGUUCAGCACUCUUCCCAGCCAACUUGCUGUAUGGCUCCUCUGUUCUACGCUCCACAACAGAUCGCUUACUCAGUGCUGUGGCCACUGCAAGACCUGGAGAAUGGAGAUGAGGUGACGCGUGAUUUUGCAUAUGGAGAGACCGACUCUUUGGUGAGGAGAUGCCGUCUGUUAGCAUGGCUGCCUGAUGACCUUGAGGAUGUGAGUGAUGACGUCCAAGAACCGUCUGACCUUUACUAUGAAACAAUUCUGCAGGAGAACAAAGAGAAGCUUCCUAUAGACAUCCAGCUUUACUGUGUACCAGAUGGAAAAGUGCUGAAGGUCUACACUGAGAUGAAGCAGGUUUUAGACCAUCUGAAGCAUCCACGUUUCCAGUUCACCGAAAACGAGGAAGAAGCUGACAUAAUCUGGGCCUUCUCCCAUAUCCGAGAUUAUCGAAAACUGAGUGAGGAACGGCCUCAUGUCCUACUCAACCAGUUCCCAUGUGAGACGGUGCUGACCACUAAAGACUGCCUGGCAUCUGUGGCACGGAGAGCCAGGGGAGGUCAGGGGGCUCCGUGGCUCCCUAAAACCUUUAAUUUACAGACUGAGCUCCCUCAGUUCAUCAGACAUUACCUACAGAGACAGGAGAGAGGACUGGAAAACCACUGGAUUUGCAAACCUUGGAAUCUGGCCCGCGGUCUGGACACACACAUCAUGAACAACCUCAACUACAUAAUCAGACAGCGAGAGAGCACCCCAAAGGUGGUGAGUAAGUACUUGGAGGACCCUGUGCUGUUUCACAGAGAGGAGGUGGGCAUGGUGAAGUUUGACAUCCGCUACAUGGUGCUGCUGCGCUCUGUGGAACCUCUGCGUCUUUAUGCAUAUGAUGUCUUCUGGCUGCGUUUUGCUAACAAACCUUUCUCGCUGGAUCACUUUGACGACUAUCAGAAGCACUACACUGUGAUGAACUACGCUGCUGAUGUGCAGCUCAAACAGAUUCACUAUGAUGAAUUUAUCCCCAUGUUUGAGAGCCAGUAUCCGCAGUAUCCAUGGAAACAGGUUGAGGUAUGGCUUUAUGCACUUCAUUUUCAGUCUGUCCAUCUACACUACAGCAUACAGUGGUUAUGUUGUACAAUUUUCCCCUUUUCCAAAACGUAUUCAGCUUUAAACUUCAUAAAUCACAUAGAUCAAUCCUUUUUUUUUUCAGGAGAACGUGUGAUACAGCCUCAAAUACUGGAGGUGAAUUUUUGCCCAGACUGUGAGCGGGCCUGUCGUUAUCAUCCCAAGUUUUACGACCACAUGUUCCAAACACUGUUCCUGGAUCAGAUAGAACAGUGUCCUGUCACUCAAAUUUUAUGACCAACUUGCACUAAAAUAAAGAUGACUAAC